AGAUGUGAAAUGCGGCGCGAGACGUGAAAGCUUCGAAAAACUUAUUAUGAGCGACUAGCGAGACUCAGUUGAAAUCAACGUGCGUAACGGUGGUGUGUGAGAGUGCGUGAUUUUUUUUAUUUACACAUGGUUUGUUGGAUUUUUUAUUUAUUGGAAAAUAUUCAAAAGGAUAUCGGUCACUGAAAUUAUGAUAUUAUUUUUGUAAGGUUAGGAAUACAAUAGUAAGUACUAUUUUUAUACGAAAACAUAACAGUACAAAAUCCAGAAGAAAAGUACAAAAAUUUCUAUACAAAUCUCAGAGGAAAAUCAGGUUUACCAUAAUGACAAUAAAAACAUCAAUUUUUCUAUGACUAUUUUUUAUAGAAGACAGUUUAGAAAACAAAAACGCCAUGAUUUUAAGUUAACAAUGCAGAUUGUAUAUGAUGAGUGAAACCCUUAGUCAGGAUCCAGAUGGGCUGGGGGCCGCUUACACCACCCUAGCUCCAUCGUAUCCCCCCACACCCGCCACUCCUAGUUCCACCAUACAGGAAGGACCACCGGGAGCUAAUCUACCUCCGUUCUCGACGUUUUCCGCCGACAUGGAUUCCGGUGGAUCCUUUAGUUCCGUAUCAGAUCGUUUGUUUAGUGAUGCUAGAUUAUUAGACAUAUCAAACUGGGACUAUUAUACGGAAGCUAGACUUUUAGAUCGAGGUGAAAACGCCUUAUCGAUAAUAACAUCUCAACCGCAAUAUCGACCGUGGGAAUCGAAACCGGUGGACGCGUCCACAUCCACUUACGCCACCACGACACCAGUUAAUACUUUAGCCGAAGCUUUCGCUCAACAAAACGGCGCUUCCAAAUUACCUUCAUUCCAAUCUCAAUUCCAAUCGUUUAACGAAACCGCAACUACCACAGAACCAACUCUAACAACUCUAACUAACUUAACUCCAGUUUCUCCUAAUUCUUCUAGUCCGCAAAGUCAUACUUUAACUACUUUGAAUUCGAAUUUCCAUACUUUAAGUGCUAGGAAUUAUCCUUUAGUACCUGCUCCGAUACAAGCUAGGGAAAUACCUUCCAUUCAACAACAAUUUUUAGACGAAAGACAUAUUCAAUUAUACUCCCAUCCACCUACCAAUAUUACAUUGAAUAAUACCUUACACCCGACUUUUUUGAACAGUCAAAACGGAGCUAUAAUCCAAAAUAAUCAACUGAUUUCAUCACCUACGGUAGUUACUGUACUAAAAUCCGAACCGGAUAUCAAAUUAACGACUUUACAAGAUUCCAUUAAAAUCCAAAACGUCGGUCUUCAUCCUACCCAAUUCCAAAAUCCCAUGACUCAAAUCCACACCAAUACGGACGCCGGAUUGUAUAACGGCGUCGAGAAAAAAAUUAACGGUAACAUGAAUUCGCCCACGCGGAAUGAUUUUAGAAAAAAAGAAAGACGGAAAAUUCGCGCUUCGAGUUUGGAAAGCUCGGUGGAUAGUGACGGGGCGUCCAGUAAUAUGGAUAUCGGUUCGGAAAAUUCGGGACAAGUGGCGGCUAUAUCGAGUACCGCCGGUUUUAAAACGCACCAAAUGCACGUUAAUAGUUCGAUAGAUAUGGAUACGGAUAUAAGUGGCGGUAGCGUCGAUAAACAGGUGAAGAAAAAGCGGAAACGGUGCGGUGAAUGUGUCGGAUGUCAAAGAAAAGACAAUUGUGGUGAUUGUGCCCCGUGCAGGAACGAUAAAAGCCAUCAGAUUUGCAAGCAGAGGCGAUGCGAAAAAUUGACGGAAAAAAAGAACCUCUAUCAAGAUGGUUUCCUACGUGGUGAAUCGCGAAGAGGGAGGGGCAAAGGAAGAGGUGGAGCGAGCUACCGUGGUAGGAAACCCGCUGGAUCAGGAGCGCCUUUAGGGGGUGGUCCAAGUCUAGUUUCGAACGAAUCGAACGGUAGUUCGGUAGUUACCCCCUCGGUACAACCACCUUCGAGACCGAGUCCACAACCUACCCAAGUGCAACAAUCAAUGCCCGUCCAACAACAACCAAUGACUCCAAUGCCUUUUUACGCCGAUCCAAAUCGAUUCCCCACUCCCGUAUGGCAAGCUGAUCCGUCGCAAGGUUGGCCCCAAGGUCAGUUUAUUCAACAAAUUCCGGCUGCUGGACAACCGAUCGAAACUUACCAACAAUACCCGAACGGAAUAUACCAGGCGACGUAUCAACAACCCGCUUUCGAAACUAAUACCUUUUAUACGGGAGCCGUUCAAGUUUUAACUAAUACAAGACCACCGAGCGCACCGAAUCAACAAGUGCAGUUGGCACCGCCGCGUCCAAACUCGAAUUAUUCCCAUACACCGAGUCCUAAUCCAGCUCAACAACAACAACAGCAGACGAAUAACGGAAGACAGUAUCAGGAAUACAGCAUACAGGGCAAUCAACAAACGUCGCAACAGAAUUUCCUACAAGGUGCUACCAGUGGAUCGGAUAAUAACCAAACUGGUACGAAUUCAAGACCGAGUUCAGUGAAUUCGAUAAUGAAUCCUCCAACUCCGAAUCCGAAUUUCAGUCCUCAACAACAACAACAACAAUCAGCUCAACAAUCCAACAACACGUAUACCCCCAUAACCAACUUCAGUCCGAAUUACGUGAACGCCAAUUCGGGAAACGCGCAGCCUGGGUACCCACAAGUGAACAACAGCAGUCCGCAGCUAGAUUCACACAGCUCUAGUGGUUAUCCAGGCCAGGAACAAUACAGCGGACAACAAUGGCAAAACGACGGUCAAAUAAUCUGGGAACAACAAGUCAAAAUGGAACCGAACUACGAACCACACCAAGAACAAACUAACAAUCAAUACAUGCAACAACAGAACGAUAAUAAUAAAAUGGACGACGUACAAGCUACCAAAACAUUUUCCCAAGCCGAUAAAGUCAACCUUAAUACAAGAAUAAAAACGAUGAUACUCAAUAAACAACAAGAAAAUAACAAAAUGGAAGAUACCAAAGAACAAAAUUCGACCGGUCAUUUUUUAUCGUAUAGCCACCAUCAUCGCUUAACAAAUUCGUUAAGCGUUGAUGGUGGCGUCAAGAAUCGAUUCGAUUCGUUCAAAUCCGCGAUCAACGUCGUCGAUUCAUCUCAAAUCAGAUCGGUACAAAUGGAAGAAACGCUUCGAGAGCUUAAGGGAAAACGAAACAGAAACUUCACUACCUCGACUCCGGUUAAAAAUAUGUCUCAGGAUAAAUGUAGGCAGUUGGGUAUGGAGAUACCUAGUUGCAAGUGUUUUCCUUUGGACGGAGCGCCCCCCGAACCGGGUACAUAUUAUACUCAUUUGGGGUGCGCUAAUAAUUUGAAAAGUUUGAGAUACGAUCUGGAAUGUAGGACUGGCGUUAAGGGAGUUUCCAUUCGGAUAGAGAAGAUCAGAUAUACCGGUAAAGAAGGAAAAACGGCGCAGGGGUGUCCUAUUGCCAAAUGGGUGAUACGUCGUCAAAACAAAAACGAAAAAUACUUGGUAAUCGUCAAACAACGACACGGUCACUAUUGUCGUUCGGCGUUUAUCGUAGUAUGCCUCGUCGCGUGGGACGGAGUGGACCAAGAAAAUUCCGACGAACUUUACAACCUCCUCUCGAACAAACUCAACAACUACGGUAUUCCGACUAAGCGCCGAUGUUCGACGAACGAUCCUCGAACGUGCGCCUGUCAAGGUAUCGACGAAACCACGUGCGGAGCUAGUUACACGUUCGGUUGUUCGUGGUCGAUGUAUUACAACGGCUGCAAAUUCACCAGAUCCAAGGAAGUGAGAAAAUUCCGUUUGACCGAUAAACACGAAGAAGCGAUAAUCGAAGAUAAACUUCAAAAUUUAGCCGAUCACAUCAGUCCGAUUUAUCGAUCGCUGGCGCCGCAAUCGUUCGAAAAUCAAAUCCGUUACGAAAACAUCGCAUCCGAUUGCCGUUUGGGGAAAUUACCGGGUCGACCUUUUUCCGGAGUGACGGCUUGUUUGGAUUUUUGCGCGCACGCUCACAAAGAUUUACAUAACAUGAUCGACGGAUUAACCGUAGUCGUCACUUUAUGUAAACAUAGAGGAUUGGAGAAACCGCCCGAUGAACAACUUCACGUUUUACCCCUGUAUAUACCGGAAGAUACCGACGAAUUUAAUUCCAAGGAAAACCAGGAAAGGAAAGUUGAAAUUGGCGCCAUAGAAGUUUUGGAAAAAUACACUUGCGAAGUUCGUACCUCUUCCACUCCGGCCGAAAAAUGCGUAAUAAGAAGAUCCAAAAAAAACCAAGGAACGAAAAAACCAAAAAAAAAAUCUUCGACACCUGAAUCGCCAUCUUCCUCGAAAUCAUCGACGUCUCCAUUAGGUACUAACGAAGUACAAAGUAACCAGAUAACGAGUACCGUAUCCGGUUAUCCUAAUAAAACGAUAUCGAGGUACGAAACUUUUUCUGACAGUAGUAAUAACAGUUCCUCUUCUUCUUCUUGGUAUUCUUCAAUAAACGAUUGUUUAUACGGUAAUAGCAGUUACGUUUCCUCUCCCUCUCCAACGUUACCGAAAUUUUCCGUUUUCAAAACGCCUUACAAUCAAGAUUAUUAUUAUUCACCGUAUAAUUAUUACCCUUCCCCGUAUAAUAAUUAUUCCUAUAGCGUUAGCAACAACCCUUUCGACGAUUCCUAUUCGAAUAUCGAUACCACCCCACCCCCGAUUGAUAAUAAAGAAAAAACCAUCGAUAUUUCUUAUACCGAUAACUCUGAAUGUUUCCGGGACGUUAAUAUAGGUGGCGUGGCUAUCGCUCUACCUCACGGUAGUAUUUUAUUCGAAUGCGCCAAACACGAAUUGCACGCCACUACGGCCCUAAAAGUUCCGAAUAGAAUUUCCCCUACACGUAUUUCCUUAGUAUUUUACCAACAUAGAAAUAUGAAUAAACCCCAGCACGGUUUGGACGAGUACACAGAGAAAAUGAGACGGAAAUUAGACGGUAUCGAUAUCGAUGUUAGUCAUUCUCUAAAAACGAAUAAUGAUAUUGUCGUUAGAGCGCCGACGUUACCAUCUCAAAGUUUUACUACUGUUUUUCCAAUGUAUCCCUGUAUCGUUACAGGUCCUUAUCAAGAAAAAAUGCCCUUUGCGUAUCCGGACAAAACCUGAGAUGUAUUUGCUUCCGGUUUAUCCUAAUUUUAGUUGCAAGACUGCUUUAAGGUUAGAUCCCGUUAAACCGAGAUACAACCCGGAACCCCUGACAUCUGGUUAUAGUAUUUUAUUCGGAAAGGGUUGUCUGAUUCAACUGAUUCCGGAAGAUAUUCAGGACGAAACCUGCAAAAAGAAUUCAAUAGAAAUACGAAUUGAAUUAAUCGUUGCAUCGGAUCGUUUUUUUAAAUUUUUUUUUUCAACAAUAAUAGAAAGAUAGUAUGCAAUGAUUCAAUAAAAAAAAUUAACGUAGUUUCGAAAAAUAAAAAAAAAUAUUUUUCCUUUCUGGAAUUGAACUACUACUUUUUUUUAAAGAAACAAAAAGUUUAUAACCUCAAAUAUUUUCGAUAUAUAUAAAUAUGAGGCUGAAAUUAAAUUUUUUUUACAAAACUUCUGACUUAUCUAGAAAAAAAAUGACUUUUAUACUGCUUCUUUAACAAGCCUCUAUUAUUUGGUUCCUGUCAAAAUUUUUUCAAUAUAAACAAAAAAGUUGAGAGUUAACCUCAAACCUUCUAAAUACGUAUAAAUAUGAGUCUGAAAUUGAAUUUAUUUGACAAGACUUCUGAAUUUUUGUGUAAAAAAUGACCUUUAUACGAGGAUGGUUCAAGUAGCAACACUGCUUCUUAAACAAGCAUUUGUAGAGAUUGAAAUUUAUUGAUACAUCCUCGUAUCAUAAAAUUUUUUUAUAAAUAAAACAAGCCCAGCUUAUAUAAAAAAUAAUGUUCAAUUCGACUUUUUUUCUAUUUUUCCAAUCACAAAGUAGUUUGCUGUCAAAUUUAUUAUUCCAAUUUAGACAGAAGUCAAACGAAAGAACUGCAGCUAAAAGAUCGGAACUUGCUAUUUAUCGAUCUACCCUUGUAUUAUAAAAUUGAAAAAAAUAAAUAAAAUGGGCAUAGCUUUCCAUAAAAAAUAAUAUCUAAUGAAUAUAUAACUGACUUUUUUCAAUUUCUUUCCUCAAAUCAUGUAGUAGUUUGCUGUUAAACUCAAAAUAAAAUACAUACAUUAUGACAGGAUUUUGAAUGACAGAUGACUUUUGACAGAAGAAGAGUAACCUUUGUAGUUAAUAGACCCCGAGAUUAAAAUUUAUUGACGCACCCACAUAUCAUAAUUUUUUUUUCAAAACAAACAUAAAUGCAUUUCAAUUAAAUAGAUUCAUAAUCAAAAAAUUACUUUUAUAAAAAAUAUUCACUAUAGAUUAUCAUUCAACAUUCAAUUUUUACGAAUUUGUUUUUUACUUACCUUGAUAUAAAAACAAUAUAAAUUCAUACUUCAUACAUUACUUGGAAUGUUGGUGAUACUAUUUUUAAAUGUACUAGAAAAACACUUUUUAACGAGUUGUAUUGAACUUUUCAUUACAAAAACAAUUCGUUCUGAGCUUAUGCAUUAUUCAUUUCAGAUAAACAAAUAAGUCAUUUAGUGUUUGAGGUUAACAACAAUGAAAUUCUUUUUUUUAUGGCCUCCAUUGCUAUAAACAUAUAGUAAACAUCUAAAAGCAGUUCGUAGUACAUUAAUUCAACAGUCUUAUAAAAGAAGAAUUAAUAAUUUCAACGUAACUUUUGAUCUAAACAUCUAAAAGUAUUUCGUAGUACAUUAACAGUCGUCUUGUAAAAGAAGAAGAUUUAAUCGUUUCGACGUAACUUUAUUGUUAUAUUUUUCGAAACUAGCGUUUUUUUUGUAAAGUAGUACGAAAUAAUGUGAGUGCCUCUGAUCUCGAACUAAAUAAAGUACAAAUAAAAUUGAUAAGUCUUUGCUGCUGCUAUAAUAGAAACUGAAGAUGAUACCAAAAAAAAUAAAUAAGUCCAAGUUGUCUAUUAUCCUGCACAAGUUUUUUAUGAUCUUUUAUCACAUUGCGGAUUUUUAAUUGCCAUUUUUAAGUUAAGUUAGUGUGUGAGACAAAAAAAACGCGAUUAUCAACUAAUCGACAAAUGUUACUCAGGUAAUAAGUUAACUUGAUUCACAAAAUACUUAAUAAAGUUAAAAAAAAAGAAAUUAGAUUAUAUUUUUUACUGUUGUGAAUAAAUGUAGUUUAUUGUGUAUUCGCUAAAAUCAUUAAAUCUUCUUUAAUAUAGCUGUGUAAGUAAAAAAUUUGUUCAUAUUCACCAAUAUAUGAAUCAACUCAUUUUCUAAAUAGAAAUCAUAUUUAAAAUCAAAUCAUAAGUUUGCUAAAUACUUCGCUUUUAAUUCACAUAAGAAAUUAAACAUAAGAAAUUGAGAAAAUGCUCAAAAUAGUUAAAAAAAAUCAAAUUAUUUUCAAUUUUCAUUGAAGAACUUAAAAAUACUAAUUUGGACACCUUUUCUAUUCCUCGUUGGUUCUUUAAUUUUGACUGCACAAGACCAAAUGUGCUAACGGAAGCUGAAGAUAUGUUGCACUUAAAACCUCUUUUAUGGUAUGUAAAUGCUUUCCAAUUUCAGGUAUAUCUAUUUACUUUCCACUAGUUGAAUCCGGAAAGUUCGGAUGUUAUUUUCUGAGUAAACAUAUUUUUUUUGAAAUGGCUCCAAAUGGGUAUUGAAUCGUAUGGUUAAAGACAGCAACUCGCUUUGUUCAUACAUUUCCUUAAUUGUUUUCAGAACAAGAUUUCUCUCGUGCUCUGUUAAACUAUAUGACUUUAGAUGGGUCCCACAUAGUGGGGUACCAAAGUUUAGUGGCACCCGGGGCGGGAUAUUAUCUUGUCUUCCCCUCAAAAAUGAAUUUGAGUAUAUUUUCCUGUAAAAAUAAACAGUUCAAAAUAAUCCCACAAAAAAAUUUAAAAUCAACCUUUUUACUGCCACGAAAUUCAAGUAUAUUCCUGUUGUAGAACUUCCUUGUGGACCCCUGGGGGUCAGUCUGUAGUACCCAGCACGUGUUGAACCACUGACACGUUUGACACAUGCAACCUACAAUUUUUUACUGAGGAGAGGUGUCUGGGGAAGCGUGGCACUAUCGUGAAGGCUUCAGAAGGUUAAAGAAUUUAAACCAUCAAUAAAUUGAUUCGAUUCAUUUUUUCAUUUCGAAAUCUAUUAAAUUCCCUAUGGGAUCUGAACAGUAUUAUUUAUUUAUUGACUCGUUUAAUUUGCUUCCAGUAGUUAAUCAGUUGAAUAAAAUGGAUUUUACUCAUUCUAUCAUAUUGUAUUGUACCGAACGCCUUUUGAAGAUCCAAAUUACUGCUUUUGGGUAUGAAUUUGUUGAUUAAAUAUCAGAAUGUUAAUUAAAAGUUGAAAAUUUAAAUUAAACAUUAUAAUUAAGGGGUAUAAGAUUAUAAAUAUUUAUUUCUGGAGGUGUAACUAUCAAUAACAAUGCUUUAAACCCAUAAAAAAAUUAUUACAAUUUAAUUAAGUUGGAUUUAAUGAAAUUUUGGCGAAAACGUAUUUUUUGUCAUUGCGUUUAUUCACAAAUUGAGGUAGGUCUACCUCUAAUCUUGUAAAAUAGAAAGUAUAGUAGAAAAAAAAUCCGUAAUUAUUGCCUUUACCAUUAUUAUACAGUAUGUAGCCGUAAAUUGGAACUAUAUGAAAAACCUUUUUGGGAAAAAAGUUAUACUUGACGAAAAAAUUUUCAAAUCGUUUACGAAGUUUAUCAAAUUUUACCUCUAGAUCAAUAUAAAUCAAAAGUUUGGUGAACAACAAUGUGUUUUUUAGCGAAAUUUAGUUUUGGAAAUCAAGAUGGUUUCCUGGAAUUUUUCUAUUUUCAUUUUUAUGGAACUUUUUAACUUGAUUUGUUAAAUAACAUUUAUCUAUGGUUUUAAUAUUUGAUAAUUUAGAAAAUUUUCAUUAAAAAACGACUUCAUAUAAAUUUGUUUAAUUAGUUUUUUAUUUUAAAUUUUUUACAAACUGUUUUUUAAAUUAAUUGAAAAUUAUUACCAAUUGAUUGUGUUUUAGAUUUUAUAACUAAUCAAGAAUAACUUUUUUCUAAAAUAAAUAAAAAAGUUUUGCAUAUGGUUACAACUUAAGUACAUAUACAGUAUGAUCACAUAUUAAUAUAAUUUAUUUGAUAAACUACAAAGGUUUUUAUGAGAAAUUUAUCAUUGUAUCUUAUCAAUAAGUAAACAAAAGAUAAUUUUUUUUGAAAUUUAUCAGUUUUUAUGUGAUUAAUUUUUUGUUUUGUUUAAUACACGGUACUGUACCUACUGUACCGAGUGUAUCAAAUUCGAGGCGUAAAACAUACAUUAAAAUGAAAAAAGUUUUCACUAUUAAAAAAACUAUACAAAAACAGUUGACACUACAUAAUCGUUUUUUUUUUAAUUUUUUUAUAUAUUAAUGAAGAUCAACUAACAAACUAGGUAGCUGUUAAAAAAUUUCUAGGUUAUGUUUGUAACUUUACUACACACGAUACACCGAAAUAACAUCUUUUCAUCAAUAUACACAUACACACAUAUAAAUACAAAAUAAAAGUAAUUUGAUACGUCAAUGAAACUUCAAGUAUUUAAGGAACACUUGGAAUCAAUUAACUAUGAUGUGGGUCUCCUUUAUUGAUGUUUUAUUUGGGUUUCCCCACAGGGUAAGCCUCGAAUUUGGGAUACAAUUCACCCCUACUGACAUAAAUUUUAUAUCUAUUGCAUAAAUAUAUAAAAACCUUGUAUAUAUAUUUUUAUUUAUUUAUAUUAUUAUGUGAUCAAGAUUUUUAUCGUGAUUCGAAAGAUUGAAAUCACUUAUUUGAGAUGUUGUCAGAUCUGGUUUUAAUAAGAUCAGUUUCGACGUUGUCUAUGAAGAGGCCAUGCGUGUUGUAAAUGAUAUGAUAUUAAUGUAUGCAUUUAUCUUUUCUAGUUUUUAAAAAUAUAUUUUUUGACGAAUAAUAAUAAUAAUAAAAAAAAAUAAAGUAUUUAUAGUGUUCUUAAGAAGCCUACGAAAGUAAAUUAUUGUAUAGUGUUAGGAUUAUAUCCAGUCACUUCUUCGAAAAUAUAAAUAUGUUGAAAGAUGAAGUAAAUGAUGCCAAAUAUUUUAAAAAUAGAUUUAAAAAAAAUAAUAAUGAUAAAAAUGAAAUUGUAUUUAUUUUAUAUGGUAAAUUUCUUCCAAGGCCAUUUUUUUGGCAGCCAGACUUUUUUAUGUAUCAUAUUUUCCUUUUUAGCACUUUAUUUAUUUAUUUAUUAUUUAAUUUUAAAUUAAUAUAUACUAGAAAUAUAUAUUAUAUGAAUUUUUGUUUAUAUUUUUUUGCUGGGUUUAUUUUUUCAACGAAUUACCUCUCUAAAUUUUUUUUACCUUCAAUAGACUAUUUAAAGAUGAGGUGCAAUAUGUAAACACAGUAUUAUGUCGAAAAUCCGGCAAGAAAAUAUUAACAAAAUUAAUUUUUUUUCUGGAUUUAACCUGUGUUCUUUGCGACUUACGACAUUGGUUCGAAAUUUGAGUUUCUUAACGUUCCUAAAUUUAUUAUUCUUCGUUUCCUUUCAAACAAUUUUCAUGGAUAUAAUCAUAAAUUUGAAUUUUAUAAAAUGACUUGAGGGUUAAAACGUUUUGAUUUAGGGUGGCUCAAAAUUCUAUAUUUUUUCAUCAUCUGGAUAAAAUAAACGAUAAAUAAAUUAUAAGUUUUAGUAUAACCAGCAAUUGUACAUUUUUUUCAGUGUAAGUUUAUCAAAAUUUUUUGUUUUUCUCAAUUCAUUACUUUUUACGCUUUUUUAAAUGAAAUAAUCACAAUUUCAUCAAAUCAAGCGAUUAACAUUUUUUUCAGUGUAGGUUUAUUAAAAUUUUCUUCAAUUCGUUACUUCUAAGAUUUUUUAUAUAUUUCAUGAUAAAUCGUUCUGAUUCUAGAUCUCUUUUGGGUAAAAAUUUGACGUUUCCACUUAGUCUGUCAAAUAUUUUGAUACGAGGUCGAAACGUCAAAUUUUUAUCUGAUUUUCUAUCAAAAGAAAUCUAAAAACGAAAAAUUUUCCAUUAUAUUAACAUGCGGACCUCGCCGUACGGUAGUUAUCCGGUCACAUGUGUACCGGUCUUAAUUCUUCGUAUUUUUUCAAGAAACGAUUUAAUUUUUUUAAUAAAUUAAUUUCCUUAUCUAUUUAAAUGUUCCAAUAACUUUCUAUUUAAUUAAUAUGUCAAUAAUAUACAGGGUGUCAGGAAAUUUCCUCCUUUUAAAGUUUCUUCUGAAGUAGCUAGUGUCCUUUGAAGAUUAAUUCUUUAAGGAUGUGUCAAAAAAACGGUGUAUUUUAAUACUAAAUGACUGGUGACAAUUGACAUAUGUCAAAUAUUACCAUGGAACACCGAAUACAGAGAUGAAAAACUCGAUCUUUUUAUAUCAAAACAAUUUGUCUGUCAAUAAAAUGUCAAUCGUAAUUUAUUUAAAUAUUAUUUAUGUACAUUUCUGGUGUGAAAUCUACAUCAAAUUUCUUUUAAAUCAGUUACAACUUUUGUCAUUCUUGUACUCAAUUUAAAAGCUGGUGAUAAUUGACAUAUGUCAAUGUCAAGCAUUACCAUCGAACACAGAAUAUAGAGUUGAAAAACUCGAUCAUAUGAUGUCAAUUCAAUUUGUCUUGUCAAUAAAAUGACAUUUGUAAUGUCUUUAUAUACUAUCAAUGUUGAUUUUUCUAUAUAAAAUCCACAUUAACUUUCAAACCUUUUAAAAUCCUUUAUAUUAUCUUUGUAAUCAAUUUAACAGCUGGUGACAAGUUUGACACAUGUCAAUGUCAAAUAAUACCACGGAACAUGAGAUGAACACAGAAUAUAUAGUUGAGAAAUGUCGUGAACGAGGAUUUUACUCGUUGUCUGCUUUCUUUUCAAAAUAUGAUGAAAAACUAACCAAAAAACCUCUUUUUUGAAGAGCCACUGUUCCUUUGAUACGAACUUUUGAAUAAAGUGGAAUUGUUACAUAAAAUCAUCCUGUGUAAUAAAUAGAUUUUAAUAUUUUUUUAACCUUAAAAUAAUUUUCUGACGAAUUUUCGGCUUUCGAUCAAUAUAAUGAAAAAAAGAAAAUUGAUAGAAAAUAUUUGUAAAAUGUUUCACAUUUUUUUAAGUUUAUAAUAUUAUUUCAUAUUUGUUUACAUAAUCUAGUAAACUUUUGACGUUUAGCGCCAUCUUAACGAUAUAUAAUUAAAUAUUCUUUGAACAUGAAUCAGUGCCAUCUAUCGUGAACUAACCGAAUUAAUAAAAGUUAUUACAAAAUGAAAGUUAUCAAUUUCAAUAUCAAGUGAAAAUUUGGAUAUAUUUAGGACCGUUAGGAAUCGAUUUUGACCCAACGCAGUUCCGGCAAAGUAUUUUAGCGUUAGAAAAAAAAGAUGUAUAUAUAUUUUUUACACAAUUUUAGUGUGGUAAUUUUUACAGAAACUGAAAAGCAAUCUUUUUGAAUAUUUGUAUAUAGUUGAGCGGGUACUUCAAAAUCGUUAUCCACAAACUGUCAUAAGUUGAUUUUGUUUUGUAAAAUUGGAUGUUUUUCAACAAUCGGCUCAUCAAGGAAAUUUUCGAAAGCAAUAUUAAUCGAUAAAUUCAUAUCAUUGAAUUGAAGUAUCUGCUUGAAAACUAAACGUAAAAAUAAUCAUUUGUAUUUUCGCUAGUAAUAGAAUUUUUUUAGUUUAGAUUUAAGAAAAAAAAAUAUAUGUAUUGUCUUGUGAAUACAUUUAUAUAAUAUUAA